AUGAGUACCGAGAAAACAGAUACGGGAGGAAAUACGCUCGCUUCAUUAAAGUUACAACGCACAACAAUGAAAAGAAAUAUAUCACAACUGAAAGGGAAAACAGACAGAAAUGGUGACUCAUCCGAUUAUACAAUUUUGGAAUGUCGACUACAGAUUUUAGAAUCUUACUUCAAACAAAUAAGCCACAUUCAAACACAAAUAGAGAAGUUGGAUGAUUCUGAUAUGGCUCGAUCAGAUUUAGAAGAGCUGUUUAUUUCUGCCAAGGCACCAUUGGUAAGUCUUAUGAAUCAAAAACGUAGUUCUGGAGAUAUUGAACAAAGCUUUUUAAAUUCGUCUCAAUCAUUUGUAUCUCAUCAAAAUCGUUUGCCCCAAUUAAAAUUACCUAAAUUUGACGGAAAAUAUUCGGAGUUUUCUCGAUUUAUAAGCACAUUCAAAACGUUAGUGCAUAAUGAAUCACAUAUUCCAAUCAUUGAUAAAUUCAAUUAUUUGCUUAAUUGUUUAUCUGGUCAAGCACUAGCAGUAAUAGAACCAUUUCAAGUUGUCGAGUCAAAUUACCAAAAGGCUUUAGAUCAUUUAAUUGAACGAUAUGACAACAAAUCGUUAAUGUUUAUCGACAAUAUUAAUUCAUUGUUUUCGAUUUCACACAUGCAUAAACCAAAUGCUUCAAUGUUGCGUUCAAUUCUUGAUAACGUUUCGGCCCUUCGUAGUUCGUUGCUUUCACUCGGUUCAGAAGUCGAUGUGAUGAACGCUAUAAUAAUUCAUAUAGUUUUGUCGAAAAUUGAUGCAGAGUCAAAAAAGAAUUAUGAUGAAAAACAAGAUUUUAAUUCUUUGCCAUCAUGGGAUCAGUGCUAUUCAAUUUUAAGUCAUCGUUGCCAGUUUCUGGAAAGUCGUACUGCAGAAAUGGACUCUUUUCAACCUCGUGAUAACAAAUCUAAACCAAAUCCCAAGCGACCUGGAUUAUCAUUCAUGGUUUCAUCAACAAUUUGCGAAUAUUGCAAAAGCAAAGAACACUUAACUGGAAGUUGUUCUACGUACUUGUCGUUGCCCAUAUCUCGUCGUUUCGAUUUCGUUAAAAGUUCCAAGUUGUGUAUAAACUGCCUUAGAAAAGGCCAUGUAGUUUCUCAAUGUCUAUCGAAAUCUCACUGUCGCACUUGCAGGGUAUCGCAUCAUACCACUUUACACAACCCAAACUUCCAAACAAAAACUGAUUCAAAUAAUACUUCUUGUUCAUCGGACUCAAGUCAUUUGCCUUCGACUCAAAAUAAUGCUUCGUUUAAUUCAUCCAUUCAACAACCACAUUCCUCGUCUUUUCAACCAUCGUCUUCGUCAUCGCACCAAUCAUUUGUUCCAACACCAACUAAUACAUCCUCAACUCAUUUAACAAAAACGUCAUUUGUCAUUCGAAGUCGUCAUAUAAAACUGCUUCCGACAGCAAUUAUUUUUGUUAAAGAUUCAUUCGGUUGUCUACAACCUUUUCGAGCCUUAUUGGAUUCUUGUUCAGAAGUAAAUCUUAUCACCCAAGAAGCUGCAAAUCGUCUUCGUUUAAAACAAAGUAAAUCAACUCACGAAAUUUCUGGUGUUUCUGAUAUACGAACUCAAUUGAAAUACAUGGUAAAAGCUACAAUUAAAUCUCGUGUUUCUGACUUUGAAUGGACUACGUGUUUUUUAGUCGCAAAAUUUAUUUCAUCACAGCACCCAUCUGAACAAAUCGAUGCAGAAAAUUGGAACAUUCCAAAUGGGAUUGAAUUAGCAGAUCCGCAAUUUUACAUUCCUCAACGAAUUGAUCUUUUAAUUAGUUCUGAAAUUUUCUUUGAUUUACUUCUUGACUGCAAAAUUUCUCUCGGAAAUGGACUUCCUUCCCUCAUCAACACAUCCCUUGGGUGGAUUAUCGGUGGCAGCGUGAAUACUCAACGUUCACAUCGUGCCUUAUCGUGCAAUGUCAUAACAGAAACCGAUAAUCUGGACUCUUUAUUGAAGGCCUUUUGGGAAAUAGAAGAAUUCAAUUCAAGCACGCCCUUUUUUACAGAAGAAGAACAACAAUGUGAGGACCAUUUUAUUAAAAACACCACUUUCGAUUCUAAUGGAAAGGUUCAGGUACGUUUACCAUUUAAAAGUUCUAUAAAUCAACUUGGUAGCUCAUUUGAAGUAGCUCGCAGACGUUUUUUAUAUUUAGAAAAACGACUUUACAAAGACGAUAAUUUACGACAGAUGUAUUUCGAUUUUAUGGACGAAUACAUUGAACUUGGUCAUAUGUCACCUGUAACAUUCAAUCGUUUAGAUUCCUCGCAUUAUGUAAUUCCUCAUCAUCCUGUUUUGCGCCCUCAAAGUACCACAACAAAACUGAGAGUGGUUCUAACAUUUCUUUGA